UAACCUGUGCGGGAGGCGGCGCCGCCGGGGAGAGGGACGAGCCAGCCUGUCCCCGCGGGCGUCACGGGCGGUGCCGGCGGCCAUGGCGAGAAGCGAGCCGGGCAGCCGGACCAGCUCCUCCCCGCCGCCGCCCAGCGACUGGAGCCGCCUGGAAUCGGCCAUCCUCAGCGGCUGGAGGACCUUCUGGCAGUCGGUGGGCAAGGAGAGGGCGGCGCAGACGGCCCCGCGGGGAGAGGCGGACGCGGCGGCCAGCACCCUGACCCGCCUGCCGAUUGAUAUACAGCUAUAUAUUUUGUCAUUUCUUUCACCUCAUGAUCUGUGUCAGUUGGGAAGAACAAAUCAUUAUUGGAAUGAAACUGUACGUGAUCCAAUUCUGUGGAGAUAUUUUCUGUUGCGGGAUCUUCCUUCUUGGUCUUCUGUUGACUGGAAGUCUCUUCCAGAUCUAGAACUCUUAAAGAAACCCAUAUCUGAGGUCACUGAUGGUGCAUUUUUUGACUACAUGGCAGUCUAUAAAAUGUGCUGUCCAUAUACAAGAAGAGCCUCGAAAUCCAGCCGUCCUGUGUAUGGAGCUGUCACCUCUUUUUUACACUCACUGAUCAUUCAGAAUGAACCACGAUUUGCUAUGUUUGGACCAGGUUUGGAAGAACUGAAUACAUCUUUGGUGUUGAGCUUGAUGUCUUCGGAGGAACUUUGCCCAAUGGCUGGUUUACCUCAGAAACAGAUUGAUGGUAUUGGAUCAGGAGUCAAUUUUCAGUUGAGCAACCAACAUAAAUUCAACAUCCUGAUAUUAUAUUCAACCACCAGAAAGGAAAGAGAUAGAGCAAGGGAAGAACAUACAAGUACAGUUAACAAGAUGUUCAGUCUACAGAAUGAAGGGGAUGAUCAACAAGGAAACCGGUACAGUGUGAUUCCACAAAUUCAGAAGGUGUGCGAAGUUGUAGAUGGGUUCAUCUACGUUGCAAAUGCUGAAGCUCAUAAAAGACAUGACUGGAAAGAUGAAUUUUCUCAUAUUAUGGCAAUGACAGAUCCAGCUUUUGGAUCUUCGGGAAGACCAAUGUUGGUUUUAUCUUGUAUUUCUCAAGCGGAUGUAAAAAGAAUGCCCUGUUUUUACUUGGCUCAUGAGCUGCGUCUGAAUCUUCUAAAUCACCCAUGGAUGGUCCAGGAUACAGAAGCUGAAACCCUAACUGGUUUUUUGAAUGGCAUUGAAUGGAUUCUUGAAGAAGUAGAAUCUAAACGUGCAAGAUGAUCCUCCAUUUGGACCUUGGGAACUGAAACCAUUUGAAAAGUUGUUACUAACGUCAUGAUGUGGUUAUUUGCUCAGUCAGCCUACUUUGUCCUGCCUUCUUCUCAGGUGGGCUUUAUAUUGGACAGCGGUAGCUGCUGUGUUUUUGAUGUUAUUCUUAAUUUUUAUCUUAAAUCAAUUACAAGAAAAGAGUUUCAAUCCUAGUAUUUAGCCCCAAAAUGAACCUUUAAACAUUUUUUGAUAACUUUCAUAUUUUCUGUCUUUUAAAAAAUAUUAAAUUCUGGAAAAAACAA